UGGUGCAACAGAAGUCUACUUUUCUUGUAUUAUUUAGCUAGCGAGCAGGUUCGCAGGCUAGCUAAAUAAAGGAGCAACUGAAGACUGAAACAUGCCGCGAGAAAUCAUAACGCUCCAGCUUGGACAAUGUGGAAAUCAAAUUGGUUUUGAGUUUUGGAAGCAGCUGUGUGCAGAGCAUGGCAUCAGUCCGGAGGGGAUUGUGGAGGAGUUUGCGACUGAAGGGACCGACAGGAAGGAUGUUUUCUUCUAUCAGGCUGACGAUGAGCACUACAUCCCCCGCGCAGUUCUCCUGGAUCUGGAGCCGAGGGUGAUCCACUCCAUCCUCAACUCUCCUUACGCCAACCUGUACAACCCAGAGAACAUCUACCUCUCUGAGCACGGUGGAGGUGCUGGCAACAACUGGGCUAGUGGAUAUUCACAGGGCAAAAAAAUCCAAGAAGACAUCUUUGACAUCAUUGACCGGGAGGCAGAUGGCAGUGACAGUCUGGAGGGAUUCGUCCUGUGUCAUUCCAUCGCUGGGGGAACGGGCUCGGGUCUGGGAUCCUAUCUGCUGGAGAAACUCAACGACAGGUACCCAAAGAAGCUGGUGCAGACUUACUCUGUUUUUCCAAACCAGGAUGAGAUGAGCGACGUGGUCGUUCAGCCGUACAACUCUCUGCUCACCCUGAAGAGGCUCACGCAGAACGCAGACUGCGUGGUGGUGUUGGAUAACACGGCUCUGAAUCGCAUCGCCACGGACCGGCUGCAUAUCCAGAACCCCUCGUUCUCCCAGAUCAAUCAGCUGGUUUCCACCAUCAUGUCUGCGAGCACAACCACGCUGCGUUACCCGGGCUACAUGAACAACGACCUUAUUGGCCUGAUUGCGUCGCUCAUCCCGACACCCCGCCUCCACUUCCUUAUGACUGGCUACACACCUCUUACCACUGACCAGUCGGUUGCCAGCGUGAGGAAAACCACAGUGCUGGAUGUGAUGAGGAGGCUCCUGCAACCCAAGAACGUGAUGGUGUCGACGGGAAGAGAGAAGCAGCCGAGCCACUGCUACAUCGCCAUCCUGAACAUCAUCCAGGGCGAGGUCGACCCCACACAGGUGCAUAAAAGCCUCCAAAGGAUCCGGGAGCGUAAACUUGCCAGCUUCAUUCCCUGGGGUCCCGCCAGCAUCCAGGUGGCUUUGUCCAGGAAGUCCCCGUACCUGCCCUCGGCCCACCGAGUCAGCGGCCUGAUGAUGGCCAACCACACCAGUAUCUCCUCUCUGUUCGAGCGGACGUGCCGGCAGUACGACAAACUGCGUAAGCGUAAGGCCUUCCUGGAGCAGUUCCGCAAAGAGGACAUAUUCAAGGACAACUUUGACGAGCUGGACGACUCUCGGGAAGUGGUCCAGCAGCUGAUAGACGAGUACAGCGCCGCCACGCGGCCAGACUACAUUUCCUGGGGCACGCAAGAACAGUGAACGGACUUUUGUCAGCAGACAUGCUUAGCUAGUUUAUUCUAACAUUUCUUCACUUUCCAAAAAUCUUUCCCUCUGGAAAAACAUAUUUAUUGGCUUGUUACAGCAUUAAAUAGUAUGUUUCAACAUCCUUACCCAACAGUCCAGUGGAGUCAAAGAACUUCUUCUUCUGCAAGUCUGUGCAGAAAGCAUCAAUACGUCUUGUACAAAACAAUCUAUAAAUGUCUGUUAAUAGUUUUUUCUUUUCUCUCUGCAACACAACCUGUUGCCCUGCUUUGGUCUAUUUUUAUACCGAGUACAGUACUUCAGUUUUUGUGCAGUUGAUUUAAAGUACAAGCACCGCCGCCCACAACAUGAUUGCCUUGCAUAAUGACAGUAGGAUUCACCGAUUGUGUUGCACGAUGGUUAACGCAGGUUCUCGCAUCAGACGUCACGGUGCCGUCACUGUACCGUCUGUCUGCUGCUCGUUUUCUACCGCUGCACACGACCAACAAGAAUGUCAAGUUGAAGUUGGGCUUGAGCCAAAAAUGAUGUAAAAAUACCGGUCACAUAAACGACUGACAUUUUAACUGCGUUUGUCAAACACAAUAGAGGAAGUCACAGUUUGUACAGAGGAUGGAUUUCAUUUCAACACUUAAUCUCUGCCUGUAAAUAUGCUUUAAAGAAUUCUCUGUCUGGUAUGAAAUAAUAUACAGUUUCAUGUUGCUUUGCUUGUUGGACCUGUUCUGAAUGGUGAAUAAACACAUUUUCUAUUA